GGUUGACUCCCCUCUGUUAGAACGUGGACAUUCUGAAGGACCCAGAGACGGUGAAGCAGCUCGGCAGCAUCCUGAAGACCAACGUCCGGGCCUGUAAGGCCGUGGGACACCCCUUCGUUAUCCAGUUAGGACGCAUUUAUCUGGACAUGCUCAACGUCUACAAGUGCCUCAGCGAAAACAUCUCCGCAGCCAUCCAGACCAACGGAGAGAUGGUGACGAAACAGCCCCUGAUCAGAAGUAUGAGGACGGUGAAAAGAGAGACGCUCAAACUCAUCUCCGGCUGGGUUAGCAGAUCCAGCGACCCACAGAUGGUGGGGGAGAACUUUGUUCCGCCGCUGCUCGACGCCGUUCUCAUCGACUACCAGCGCAACGUCCCCGCCGCCCGGGAGCCCGAGGUCCUCAGCACCAUGGCAACCAUCGUCAACAAGCUGGGCGGACACAUCACCGGGGAGAUCCCGCAGAUCUUCGAUGCCGUGUUCGAAUGCACGCUCAACAUGAUCAAUAAAGACUUUGAGGAGUACCCGGAACACAGGACUCAUUUCUUCUACCUGCUGCAGGCGGUCAACUCCCAUUGUUUCCCAGCAUUCCUGGCCAUCCCUCCGGCCCAGUUCAAACUGGUGCUGGACUCUAUCAUCUGGGCCUUCAAACACACCAUGAGGAACGUGGCCGACACAGGCCUUCAGAUCCUCUACACUCUACUGCAGAACGUGACUCAGGAAGAGGCUGCAGCACAGAGCUUCUACCAGACAUACUUCUGUGACAUCCUCCAACACAUCUUCUCUGUGGUCACUGACACAUCACACACUGCUGAGUAA